AAAGAGGUCAGUCGAAGAAGGAUGCCAGAAAGGUAAGGUAAGGAAUCGAGAAAGAAAGGAAAAAAAAAAAUUAAAAAAAAAAAAGAAAAAAAAGAAAAGAAAUGGCAUUUGAGACAGACAGAGCCAGAGAAAUUCACAUAGAAGAAAGAAGCUAACACGCUUCACAACCAUUUUAUUAUUAAUAUAUUUCUGUGUCCAGCUGAAGGAGGAGAAGGAGAAGAAGAAGAAGAAGAGAACUCUCUCUCUCUCUCUCUAUUUCUGUCUCUCUCUCUCUCUCCCACCUUCAUUAUUCUUUCAUCUGUGUCCUCAUCUUAUCCCCAAUAUCCAUGCUCUGUGAAAAACCCAUUAAUACUGCACACUCUGAGAUGUCUCUUUGAGAUUGGUUCGGCAGCCAUGAGGAGGGGCAGAGGAGGAGCGGCGGCGGCGGAGAAGAAGGAGCUGAACGGAUCCGUGCCGAGGACGAUAUUAAAAGAGCCUCGGUACCGUGGAGUGAGGAAGAGACCAUGGGGGAGGUUCGCGGCGGAGAUCAGAGAUCCGUUGAAGAAAGCGAGGGUGUGGCUUGGAACCUUUGAUUCCGCCGAGGAAGCUGCUCGAGCUUACGACGCCGCCGCUCGCACCCUCCGUGGACCCAAGGCCAAAACCAAUUUUCCACUUUCCCCUUUCUGUUACCACAACCACCGCCCCACCACCGAUCCUUUCUUCUACACCGCCACCAACGGUGGUUUCCAAGAACACCAGGUUAAUAACCCUCAGAGACCCACCUCCAGUGGUAUGAGCAGCACCGUUGAAUCUUUCAGUGGCCCCCGCCCUCCCUCCUCAGCCGCCGUGAAGCCGUUGUUGACGAUCAACCGCAGAUAUCCCCGAACUCCCCCUGUCGUUCCCGAAGACUGCCACAGCGACUGCGAUUCCUCCUCGUCGGUGGUCGACGACGGUGACGGUGACGGUUACAACAUCGCUUCGUCGUCGUUUCGUCCGCCGUUCACUUUCGAUCUAAAUGCACCGCCGUUGGAUGAUGCUGACCUGGCACUCUGCCUUUGAUUGUUCGUCAAAGAAAUAAUUUUUAAAAUUUUUAAUCUUUCUUUUCCUCCACUUCAAUUUUUGUUAAUUUUUGCGGUAAAAAAAAAAAUUGAAAAAUGAACAUGAAUGAUCAGAUAUAAGAUUAUGGUAAUACGAUCUUAAUUCUGUGAGAGUGUGAUGGACCAUGGUGUUUUCUUUUUCCUUUUUUUAUUUUAAUUUUCUCGGAAUAUGAAAACAAAAAAAGGGAAAGUAAUUAUGAUCUGUUUGUUGUGGGUAUCCAAUGUGGGUUUUGCAUUGCUCCCUCUCUGUAUGUAUGUAUGUAUAAUACUAGUCAAGGAAUUCAGUGUUACUACUCUAA